AGAUGUCGCGAUUCAUAGUGUCAUCCAUGAAGAAUUGAUGUCGAAGGUUAUAUCCCGCUGGGUGCCAAGAGUGUUGACUCACGAGCAGAAAUCAUUUCAGAGCAAUCUUGCAAAGAGAAUUUGAACUUGCUUACAUGAAAUCCAGACAAAUUUUACACUUGAAUUACAAUAGGAGAUGAACUAUGGGUUCACCAUCGUGACUAAGCAAGAGCUACUGCAAUGGAAGCACAAGGGGUCACUCAAAAAAGGAUUUUCUGACGACGAAGAAGUUAAGGAAGCUGUGAUACGGUACGUGGACAGUCAAGAUGUUUACUUCUAUUCUGAGAGUAAAUGGAGGCAAUCACUGGAGACUAGAAGGACCAAAUGUGUUGAAUGAAGGUG